GUCGGGUCGAACAAAAACGACUUUUGUUUUGUAUUUAUUUACUGGCGAAGAAAGCUUCUUAUUUUGUUUUUACCACACACCUUGGACCAGAGAAAUGGUGUUUCAUCGUGACGAAGGAUUUUUUAAUACUGUUACUAGACAGUUUGGACUAGAGACCACGCUAUUAUUGAAAUCUUGGAUUAACAUCAAAAUCAAGACUAUCUCAGCAAACCAGCAGCUGAAAUUCUUGCUCCGCUGUAGGAGAUCUGACGUCUUACCCCCACACUUGCACCGGCUACGUUUAAACAUUGAACUACAUAGCAACAGGGUUAGACAUGAAUUUACACUUUUUAAAAAACGUAUACAGCUAAAGCUUCUCAACUUUGAGAUUAGUGAUGCCAAUAUCAAUUUAUGUUUUUUGCGGUCUACGAUAACUGGAGUUGAGAACCAGCUUCGCGAGCGCUUACCGCAAUAUUUAAUUAACAACUUUUUUAUGUUUAAUACUAAUUAUCUCCGUACCCACGACCGCAAAACACAAUUAAGGUUAAUUAAUAAGUUCGAUUCUGUUAUGUCCACACAAAAUCCAAUAAUUAAUUCCCUUGUUAAUAUUGACUAUAAAAAAUGGAUCAUUAAUUUGAGUAACAAGCAAAUCCCUGAGAGAGUUUUUAAGUUCCUUAGUCUCGGCGAUAGGUUUGCUCUCCCUAUCGAUACAAAAAACAAGAAAGAUCGUGUAAAUUCUGUUGUCGACAUAAUUAAAAACUUCGAAUUUAAUAUUUAUCAAAUUCCCGAUGAUAUUGUUGAUGAAGCACGUGACCGUAUUUCUAACUCUCUGUUUAAAUUUUUGCGCAAAAAUAAACACACUAACUACAUCGACAGGUUUAUAUUACAAGAAUUUAAAUUUUGCAAAAGAUUUCUUUGUGAUAAUGAUGAUCUUCUUGUUACCAGGGCUGAUAAGGGCCAAGUCACAGUUAUUUUGGAGAGAAAUACUUAUGUUAAUAAGAUGAUUGAUUUGCUUAAUGAUAGUUUGACUUACAAAAAACUUAAAAAUGAUCCCACUAGACGGAUAACAUCUAAAAUUAAUAUUUUGGCAAAGUCUUGGUUUAGCAAGGGCAUUAUCAGCGAACAAUUAUUUAGGCAUUUGAAUUGUACUAAUGGGAACCUCCCACGUUGUUACGGACUUCCGAAGAUUCACAAGGAUGGCUCACCAUUACGAAUUAUUGUUUCUACUUUAGGGAGUCCACUAUAUAACAUGGCUUAUUUUUUACACAACAUCUUAGAAAAAUCUGUCCCUAAACCGGAGUCAUAUAUUAAGGACGGUUGGUCCUUUGUUGAAUUGAUUGGUGACGUAGGGAUUGGGGAGGAUGAUGUUUUGAUCUCUUUGGAUGUCGCGUCUCUUUUCACUAACAUCCCUAAAGACCUUGUUUUGAAAGCGAUCGAACGGAGGUGGAAUCACAUCUCUAAAGAGACGAAGCUCAGCCGUCCUCAAUUCUUGUCAGCUGUGGACUUGAUUCUUAGUUCCACUAGUUUUUCUUUUAAUGGUCAAAUAUAUGAACAAAUCUUCGGAAGUCCGAUGGGUUCCCCUCUCUCUCCGAUUUUGGCGGAUAUGGUUAUGGAGGACCUUGAGACGCAUUGUUUGCAAUUGCUUAGUUUUCAUAUUUCCUUUUUUAAAAGAUAUGUUGAUGACAUUUUCGCGAUUGUUCCUAGAUCUGGUAUUGACGAGUUACUUAGAGUUUUCAAUAGUUAUCACACCAGAUUAAAAUUUACAUUUGAAAUAGAAAAGAAUAAUUCUCUUAGUUUUCUUGACACAAUAGUGAUUCGAGAGGGGACUGUGUUGCUUACGAAUUGGUACCGAAAGCCGACCUUUUCGGGGCGAUACAUAAACUAUUUUUCAAAUCACCCUCUCAAAUACAAAAUUAAUACUAUACGUAAUCUUGUUGACCGAGCUAUUCUUUUAUCUGACGUACGUUUUCAUAAGUCUAAUUUAAUCGAAAUAAAAAAGAUUCUUUCUAAUAAUUGUUAUCCAAUAAAAUUAAUUAACAAGUACAUUAAUAUCAGACUUAACGAGCUACAGACACGUCAUAAUAAUAAUAAUAGAUCUAGCAGUAACAAUGUAGCCCAGGAUCCUCGAAAGUUUAUUACUAUUCCGUAUAUUAAGGGCCUUAGUGACGGUGUUGGCCGUACAAUGCGCGAUGCAGAAUUCAGGGUUCUCCUCACCAUUCCGAAAAGGUUGGAUUGCAUUAUAAAAAGGGGGAAGGAUACGCUACCUAAUCUUAAGCAAACGGAGUUGAUAUAUGAGAUUGAUUGUGCUAAUUGCAACGCUGCAUAUAUUGGUCAAACAAAAAGGCACCUAGAGACACGGGUUAAGGAACAUUUUUGUGAUAUUCGGAAGAACAUCGAUAAUCAUUCUGUAGUUAGUAAGCACCGUCUCACGCAUAACCACGAUUUCAAUUGGCAACAACCAAAAAUUUUAUAUAAGGAGCGACACUUUAAGAAACGUGAAAUCUCUGAGAUGUUUUUUAUUAAAAAAUGUGAUAGCGCAAUCAAUCUCCAAAAGGACACAGAAAGUCUGCCCGCGAAUUACAACCGUUUGAUUGGCGUCACUUAAUUUACACUUUUGUUCUGCUCGUUUCCACCUGUGAACACAUCUAUUUAUUUGUUAUGUAUCAGUCAUUUAGUAUGACUUCGUCUGUCACGCUGUACUGAUGUGUUCGCAGUUAUGGCUUGCGACGUUUCUUCGUUCUGUGCUACCGUUCUCACUUUCCGUUUUGACGCACAUAAUAUCUUUACGCGUGCAUGAUGUGGUUAGGGCACGAUGUCAGCGACGUAAUUGAUAUUUUGUACGCGGUUUUUGAGGAUGCACAGCUUGAUGAAUCACUUGAGAAGGACCGAAAAUGCGGUUGAAACGUUGUGAAAUUUAAAUAUAUUUAUUAUUUGGCCAGUCGGGUCGA